AUGAUAACUCUGCCGAUCCAAGAGGCCAAGAAAGGAAAAAUUGAUUUACUACUGGACUCAGGCGCGACCCUGACGUUAAUUAAAGUAGGUAAUUUGAAAGAAAAAACGAUGGUGCAAGAAGAAAAAUUAGCGCUGAUCGGCGUAACCGGACACCAGAUCCACACGACUGGAAAAAUAAAGGCGACACUGGACCUUGGGAACAAGAAAAUACGCCACACUAUGUACGUGGUGAAAGAUGACUUCCCGAUCGAGUACGAAGGGAUACUCGGAAACGAUUUCCUAACGAGACACAAGGCCGAUAUCUCCAACACGUCAAAGCAACUGAAAAUAGCGGUGAUUAUACCGUCAGACGUGACACCCGUCGAAUUUAAAUGCCCGAUAAGUGUACUAAACGUGACGGACAAGCCGGUCGAGAUACUCACACCACACGUAACAUUAGAAGACAUGCCGGUGAAUGACUCCGCCGACGUGCUCACGUUACACGCGACCGAGGAACGCGAGUCCGUUACCGCACGACACGAGAAAUUACGCGAACAAUUACAGACCGAGCAUUUAAACGACGAAGAGCGAAAAGAACGCGCCAGUGAACGUGACGCCAUCUCACGACCAUAUCGGUUACCGGAGAAGCAUAGAGCCAAAGUCAAAAGACAAAUUCAGAAGAUGCUGGACGACAGAAUAUCACCAAACCCGUCCAAGCUACAAGCGGUAAAAGAAUUCCCGACACCCAGAAAAGUCAAAGACAUUCAAUCUUUCUUCGGUCUAGCUGGAUAUUACCGCAUAGAAAACUUCUCAAAGAUAGCAAAGCCUUUAACACGGCUUACGAAGAAAGGAAAAAAAUUUAAUUGGUCAGUGGAACAGCAAAACGCGUUCGACCUAUUGAAAGAGAAAUUAACGACGGCGCCCGUAUUGAAUUACCCUGAUUUCGACAAGGAAUUCUUAAUGACGACGGACGCAUCAGAUUACGCCAUCGGAGCCGUGCUGUCACAAGAGCCAGUAGGCCAGGACCGACCAAUCGCUUACGCCAGCAGA